AACUCUCCUCUAUCCCUCUUUUCCUCUCAUACAUUCACUGUUUCUCUCUCUUUCUUUCUUACUCUCCUUGUUCGUGACGCAUCGUAUCCCCGCAACAUCGGUUCACAGUUACUUCGUGCUGCUUCUAGGUUUAAGCGAAAGGGAAAAUGUCGACGGGCUGGUGGGGUACGUCGUACCAGCAGUGAUUUUUCCUACUAUAUUCCGACGUUCACCACGGAAUAAAGGAAAUUUCGUAUCCUAAACGCCUUCGUGGCACAUUGAAAUCGUCAAGACGUCACUAGAUAUCUUCAGGCGUAAGCUAAAAAGCUCUGAUCUAAGAAAAGAGAUAUUCCAACGGUAGUUUAGGAUCGAGUGAGACUGCCUGCUACUUUUCCCUUUUGCUAGGACCGUGCGCAGGGAGAACAGGAAAGCGUCGUCGAACUAAAGAGGCGUAAAGAAGCCACGGGUGACAUGGCGUCGGCGGUGACGCUGGUAAUGGGAAAGAGCGAUUUUAUUGUGGCUGGCAAGUAUCGGUUGUUAAGGAAAAUCGGUUCGGGUUCCUUUGGCGAUAUUUAUCUUGGUAUCAACAUCGCUAAUGGCGAGGAAGUUGCAGUCAAAUUGGAGAACGUGCGUGCCCGCCAUCCACAAUUGCUAUAUGAGUCCAAAUUAUACAAAAUAUUGCAUGGUGGCAUAGGAAUACCGCAUAUACGUUGGUAUGGAACCGAACGCGAAUACAAUGUCCUUGUUAUGGAUCUCUUGGGACCAUCCCUUGAAGAUCUUUUUACUUUUUGUUCGCGAAGGUUUACAAUUAAAACAGUUUUAAUGUUGGCGGACCAGAUGAUUGGCAGAAUCGAAUUUGUCCAUUGUAAACACUUUAUUCACAGAGACAUAAAGCCGGAUAAUUUUUUAAUGGGCAUCGGGCGUCAUUGUAAUAAGCUAUUUCUCAUAGAUUUUGGACUAGCCAAAAAAUAUAGAGAUAGCCAGUCGAGAAUGCAUAUAGUCUAUCGAGAAGAUAAAAAUUUAACAGGCACAGCAAGGUAUGCAUCUAUCAACGCUCAUUUAGGCAUUGAACAAAGUCGUCGAGAUGAUAUGGAAUCACUUGGAUAUGUACUUAUGUACUUUAAUCGAGGAUCAUUGCCUUGGCAAGGUCUCAAAGCUGCAACUAAAAAACAGAAGUACGAAAAAAUCAGUGAAAAGAAAAUGUCCACGCCUGUAGAAGUUUUAUGCAAGGGAUUUGCUGCCGAAUUUGCAAUGUAUCUAAAUUAUACACGAGGAUUACGCUUCGAAGAGAGCCCAGAUUAUAUGUAUCUACGUCAACUUUUCCGUAUACUUUUCCGUACGUUAAAUCAUCAAUACGACUAUACAUUUGACUGGACAAUGUUAAAGCAGAAAGUAGCAACCUCCAGCCUCAAUGUCAAUGGCGGAACAUCUGGAGGUACACACGGUCGAGUUCUUGAAGGCAUUCAAGCACAAGUACAAUCUGCGAUUCAGCCACCUGCUAAAACUAACGCUCAAACAGGAGCACGUUAAAGCUGUGGAAUUUUACUAUCAUCAACCCCAAUUAUGAUCAGAGGUAUCUCAAUCAAGGUGCACAACUUGAUCUAAAUUUUUGUCCGAAGAGUUAAAUCAAGCGGCUCUCUAAGUCCAAAGAGAGAAAACGAAUGACCGCGAUGGAACUUCGGAGUUUAUAACAGUGGUGAAAUAUAUAGAUUGCACGAUUAUGGAUGGAAAAACAACAAAACAUUACAGUGAUUUAACCCUUUUAGACUUGUUGGUAUUAUGCAUGUAUCAUCAAGUUGAUUUUAUUUAUUCAUUUUUCCUUCAUUAUUUGAUUGCCUUCACAUAGAAAAUGUAAAAAAGAAAACAAACAAACAUGCUAUCAAAGGGUUAAGUACUUAGAGUUUCAAUCGAACCAUCUCUCUCUCUUUGAGUUAAGCAUCAAUGCAAAAUUGACUAAACAUGGCUUGUCCCAUUAUUUUGAUAUCUGGUUUAUCAUUGAUUAUCAUUAAAAUAAAGAUAUUGAUUACCCGAAGAUUUUGUUAGAAAGUGCACAUAUAUGAGAAUCCAUUGCGUACUUUUCAAGGAAAGAAGGAGAGAAUAUCUUAUUCUUAUGAGACCACACUUAAACGAUCGCUAGAGUAAAUCGUAAUAAAAAUUUUGUAUUUACUCUAUAAAUAGAAAACAAAUACAAAAAUGGCCGAAAAUUUAUUUUGCAAAAUCACAAAAGCAUUACUUUGUGUACUGACAAAUAAGUACAGAAAUUGCUUCCUAUAUUUUUUUUUUGUUCCCAAUAUGUAAUACGAAUAUAGUGUGAGUGGGCUUUUGCGAGAAAUGUUAAUAUUUUUCUUACCUCAAAUAAUAUGUCAAUAGAAUUGUACUAAAAUACAUUAAUGUUAAGACAACAAUAGUUGCAUAUUUUCUUGAGAUAUGCUAUACGAUUUCAAUUAGAGGCAAAACAAAAGGAUAUUAACUUUUUCAACAAUUUUUAUCGUUUGCUCUCUUUCUUUCUAUCAUCGGCGUA